UUUUUUUUUUAAGAAAUACAGAGUACUAUUUCUGGUAAUUUAGUUAAUAAACGGGUUUUGGUCUUUUUCUUCUAUUUCCUACUGUAUUUGUUCAGUUUCAUCAGAACUUUUUUUGGCUCUUUUUAUAGUACAAAGUACUUCGUACAUUCUGACUAAAAUGUCUAAAAUGCUAAAAAGACUAAAAGUACUAACUAGUCUUGUCAUGGUAUUCUCCAAUCCAAUAAGAUGAGCUAGAGAAAGGGUAUAUAUUUGAAAGUUUUUCUAUACAACGGUUGCGUUAUUUUUACUGCGUAUUUGGAUCGAAAGGUGGAGUAUUCCUAAUUUAAUUUGAAUGUGAAAUGGGAAAGACAAUAAGGCUUGUACAAGUAAUUGAGGAUCUAUUUUCCUUUGAUUUUGAAAAGAUUUGGAAAGAAAAUGCAUCUUCUUUGUAAAAGAUGCCUACUUACUAUAUUUUCAAGUCCUACUAAUUGGUUGAGGAAGGGGAGUUGGUAGAAAUGAAUUUGUUUUUUUUUUUUUUUCAAAAAGUUUUGAUUGGUUCAAUCAUGGAAAGCCGACAUUAGUUUUUGGGGUCAAUUUUAAAUUUAGUUGCUUUAUUGUUAAUAAAUAAUAACACGUACUUUAACUUCUAUAGUUAAUUCCUCAAAAUAAAAUAAAAACUUUUAUAGGUAAUCUAUAUUAAUGCACAAGUAGCACAACUUUCUCACAACUCUCCCUGAAUUUGGGGUUGGGAAAUGGUUGGACCAAAAAGAUAUACGAAUAAUUAGGAUUAGGAAGAAAAUGGAUAUUUUUUAAAAAUUUGUUUUAUUGAGCAGGUUGAAUACAAAUUCAAUGAUACAAUUUUUUUUUUUGUUAUUUUAUCUCAAUUCUCGAGGAUGAAUGCCAAAGAAAUAGGAAUUAAAAUAUAUUGAACACUUUAUCAGUGAGUUUGGACGAGGAUAUUUUGGAGGGUAGAGUAGGAACAAAAGAGUGAGGCAUUAUAUAUUGAUUGUUUAUAAGUGAAUUCGGGAUUAGUUGGAGUCCAGUAGGCUCUGGCUGGAUUAACGAUUAUGCUUGCAUACGUAAAAUCAAGGGAGGAAGGAAAGGAAUUAAGGAUUUGAUUUUCCUUCCCUUUUCAUGAACCAAAUCUUUGCAAUAUCAGAAAUAUUUGGAAGAAAUUUGCAAGUCCAGUCUGUCUCUCCCCUGUAUAUUAUUUCCCUUCUCCUCACCUCAGCUCCCUUCAUUUUGUCUUCCCCUCACACUGUUAGUGUUAUUGCUAAUCAAAUACAUCGUAAAGGGUGAAAAGAGUGGUGAAUUUCAAUCUUUUCAUAUUGAAUUGGUUGAAAUUUGUGAGAUGGACCGCGAAAAUGGAGUUGAGAAGGCAACAUCUUCCAACUCCGAUGCUACAGAACAGAAUCAGAAAGAGACUAAAAAACAAGAUGCUACUAUGAAUAAAGUCCCAUUCUACAAGCUCUUUUCUUUUGCGGAUUCUACUGAUAAGGCUCUGAUGAUCAUUGGCUCCAUUAGUGCAAUCGGAAAUGGUGCGUGUAUGCCCUUGAUGACCAUAGUUUUUGGUGACAUAGUUGAUGCUUUCGGAGAGAAUCAAGAUCCUAAUCACAUUAUUGAUGUUGUAUCUAAGGUGUGUCUAAAAUUCAUCUACUUGGCCAUCGGAGUAGCAAUUGCUGCAUUUCUUCAGGUGGCUUGCUGGAUGGUCACAGGAGAAAGACAGGCUGCAAGAAUUAGAAACUUGUACUUAAAAACUAUUCUUAGACAAGAUGUCGCGUUUUUUGACAAUGAAACAACCACGGGUGAGGUUGUGGGAAGGAUGUCCGGAGACACUGUCCUCAUACAAGACGCUAUAGGGGAGAAGGUUGGCAAGUUUCUACAAAUGAUAUCAACAUUCAUCACAGGUUUUAUCAUUGCAUUUAUCAAAGGGUGGCUUCUUACUCUUGUCAUGUUGUCCUCGAUACCCCUUCUUGCCAUUGCCGGUGCAAUCAUGACCAUUACUAUAUCAAAGAUGGCAACGAGAGGCCAAACUGCUUAUGCAAAGGCCGCAAUUGUUGUAGAACAGACUAUAGGUUCAAUCAGAACUGUGGCAUCAUUUACUGGUGAGAAACAAGCUAUUGCAGACUAUAAGAAGGCUAUUGCAAGCGCGUAUAAAUCAGGUGUCCUUGAAGGAGUGGCUUCAGGAACGGGUUUGGGGGCCUUAACGUUGGUUAUCUUCAGUAGUUAUGCUUUAGCCAUAUGGUUUGGCUCGAGGAUGAUUAUUGAAAAAAAUUACACAGGGGGUACCGUCCUUAUUGUCCUUAUUUCUGUCGUGGUUGGAUCCAUGUCCUUGGGGCAAGCAUCUCCCUCUAUGAGCGCGUUUGCUGCAGGACAAGCAGCAGCAUAUAAGAUGUUUGAGACCAUCAAUAGAAAAUCAGAAAUCGAUCCUUAUGACCCCAAUGGAAAAACAAUGAAUGAAAUUCGCGGAGAAAUUGAGUUAAAAGAUGUUCAUUUUAGUUACCCCAGCAGACCUGAUGAACCAAUUUUUAGCGGAUUUUGUCUUUCCAUUUCAAGUGGCUCAACUGUUGCAUUGGUUGGACAAAGUGGGAGUGGAAAAUCGACAGUGAUUAGUCUCCUAGAGCGGUUUUAUGAUCCGCUGGCUGGAGAAGUUUUAAUUGAUGGAAUCAAUCUUAAAGAAUUUCAGCUAAGAUGGAUCAGACAAAAAAUCGGCCUAGUAAGUCAAGAGCCUGUAUUAUUUGCAUCUUCAAUCAAAGAUAAUAUCGCGUAUGGGAAGGAUGGUGCUACCAUUGAAGAAAUAAAGAUCGCAACAGAGUUGGCUAAUGCUGCUAAGUUCAUUGAUAAAUUGCCUCAGGGGCUAGAUACCUUAGUCGGCGAGCAUGGAGCACAACUAUCAGGAGGACAAAAGCAAAGAGUGGCUAUAGCAAGGGCCAUUCUAAAAGAUCCGCGAAUUUUACUUCUAGAUGAAGCUACAAGUGCACUAGAUGCAGAAUCUGAGAAGAUUGUGCAAGAAGCAUUAGACAGGAUAAUGGUAAACAGGACAACUGUCGUUGUUGCUCAUCGUUUGAGUACAGUUAGGAACGCCGAUAUGAUAGCAGUCAUUCAUCAAGGAAAGGUGGUUGAGAAAGGUCCACACUCGGAACUAUUGAAUGAUCCUGAAGGAGCAUAUUCACAACUUAUACGACUACAGGAAAUCAGAAAGGAGUCUGAACAAGUUGAUGAUAUCGGAGAUCAUUCAAUACACUCUAGUCAGAGAAAACUAUCCUUAAGAUCAUUAAGUCACGAAUCCUCUAGGAGGGUAAGUAGUAGUCGCCGUCACUCUUUCUCUGUAGAAGGUACUACUGCUACAUUGUCCCCUCCAGAAGAACAGCAAGAAGUUUCAAUUUGGCGCAUUGCUUCUUUGAACAAGCCCGAAAUUCCGUCACUCCUUCUCGGAGCUAUCUCUGCAUGCGCGAAUGGCCUUAUUUUUCCACUAGUCAGUAUAAUCCUCUCUAGUGCAAUCAAAAUGUUUUAUGAACCUCCUAACAAAAUGAAAAAGGAUUCCAAGUUUUGGUCCCUUAUGUUUCUACUCCUUGGUAUAGCAUCACUAAUUACCCAACCACUUCAAUUCUACUUCUUUGGUGUGGCCGGUCAAAGGCUAAUACAACGUAUUAGGUCCAUGUGUUUCGAGAAAGCAGUCCACAUGGAAGUUGGUUGGUUCGACGAGCCUAAUCAUUCGAGUGGUGCAGUUGGUGCAAGGUUGUCUGCUGAUGCAGCGAUUGUGCGUGCUUUAGUUGGAGAUACACUAGCAUUGACUGUUCAGAAUAUUGCAACAGCUGUUGCUGGUUUAUUGAUUGCUUUCACUGCAAAUUGGAUAUUGGCAUUCAUUAUUCUAGCCUUAAUACCCUUUAUAGGCCUUAAUGGAUAUGUCCAAGUCAAGUUUUUGAAGGGAUUCAGUGCAGAUGCUAAGAAGAAGUAUGAAGAGGCGAGUCAAGUUGCUAAUGACGCGGUCGCUAGUAUAAGAACCGUUGCUUCUUUUUGUGCCGAGGAGAAGGUAAUGCAACUAUACGAAAAGAGAUGUGAAGCCCCAAUUGAAGCAGGUGUGAAGCAAGGAGUGGUUAGUGGGGUGGGUUUCGGGCUAUCUUUUGCUUUGCUGUUUCUUGUCUAUGCCGGAAGUUUCUAUGCUGGAGCUCAACUUGUUGCUCAUAAGAAAACAACAUUUUCUGAGGUUUUCAAGGUAUUUUUCGCGUUAGCGUUCUCAGCAAUAGGAAUAUCACAAUCAAGCUCCUUUGCAACUGACAGUAGUAAAGCCAAGGAUGCAGCUGCAUCCGUAUUUGCCAUCCUUGAUCGUAAAUCUAAGAUUGACUCAAGUGACGAAUCUGGGAUGACCUUGGAUAAUGUCAAGGGUGAACUUGCACUACAACACGUGAACUUUUUGUAUCCUAGUAGACCUGACAUUCAGAUUUUCCAAGACUUGUCCUUGACUAUUCACUCUGGCCAGACUGUUGCUCUUGUGGGAGAAAGUGGGUGCGGAAAAUCAACUGUCAUAUCCCUCUUACAGAGAUUUUAUGAUCCAAUUUCGGGUUGUAUCACACUUGAUGGGAUUGAACUUAAGAAGUUUCAGUUGAAAUGGUUGAGACAACAAAUGGGGCUCGUUAGCCAAGAGCCUGUCCUUUUUAAUGAUACAAUACGUGCCAACAUUGCGUAUGGAAAGGGUGGCAAUGCUACUGAGGCCGAAAUCAUAAAUGCUGCAGAGCUCGCAAAUGCUCACAAGUUCAUAAGUAGCUUACAAAAUGGCUAUGACACGAUCGUAGGAGAACGAGGAGUUCAACUGUCAGGAGGGCAAAAGCAGAGAGUUGCCAUAGCCAGAGCCAUAGUAAAGAAUCCAAGAAUACUACUAUUAGAUGAAGCUACAAGUGCACUUGACGCCGAAUCUGAAAGAGUUGUGCAAGAUGCACUAGACCAAGUUAUGGUGGAUCGUACGACAGUUGUUGUUGCUCAUCGCUUAUCUACUAUAAAAAACGCGGAUGUGAUUGCAGUGGUAAAGAAAGGGGUCAUUGCAGAGAAAGGGAAGCAUGAAACUCUACUUCGUAUCAAUGAUGGUGUUUAUGCUUCUUUGGUUGCACUUCACAUGAGUUCAUCCUCUUAA